AUGGCGGACGCAAAGAUUCAGGAGCUUCUCACGAAGCCGCGCAACGAGCUAACGGAAUACGAGAUCUCGCUCCUCGAGGAGCACGAGUUCAGCGCCGGCCCCCUCUCCAUCCUGCAGACCGCCGUCCGCAGCCACGCGCAGGUCCUCAUCUCGUGCCGCAACAACCGCAAGCUCCUCGCCCGCGUCAAGGCCUUCGACCGCCACUGCAAUAUGGUGCUGGAGAACGUCAAGGAGAUGUGGACCGAGACCCCGAGGCUGUCCAGCGGCAAGAAGGGCCGGCCCGUCAACAAGGACCGCUUCAUCAGCAAGAUGUUCUUAAGAGGGGAUUCGGUUAUUCUGGUCCUGCUCAGCUAG